AUGGUAACUGAUGUGGGCAUGCAAAAUAACAUGUAUGCUUCUUUACUACUUGGAUGUUAUGAGGUUAAUCAAGUAUUUACAUUAUUGGGUCGAAAAAUAGUAGCCUCAGUCACAGAAUAUUCCAUUCUGAGUUUUAAAUGUAUUGUUGAACUUUUUCAAUUCACGUUUAAUACUUUAGAUUGCCAAGUUUCUAAUCAUGCUGGAGCAAUUUUAAGAUCAAAUUCAGGUUUUAUUACAUCAAAAUUUGAUCCAGAAGAUCAAUCAACAUUAAAAUACUGCAUAUCAUUGAUUCAAUCUUUAGUAAUAACGUCAUUAAGUGAACGAACACCACUAAUUAAAGAAGAAUCAGAAUUAUGUAAAACAAUAGCAUUACUAUCAUCAUGUUUUAUGUUUAACUCCAAUGAGAGUCAAUCUAAAGGACAUCGAGAGCAAUUGAUCACAUGGCUUAGAAUUUUAUGUAAAGAACGUGCAAUUGAUAAUGUUUCUUUAACAAAGAUAAUUGUUAAUAUGUUGGUCAAACUGGAAAGGGAAAUCUCAGAUUUUGAUAUGGUUCCAGAGUUUGGACAUGAUAUAUUAUCUGCUCUGGGAAGUUGUGAUACUGGCGAUAUUGAUUUAAAGUUAGAUGAAUCACAAACACCAAUUUUUGCUAUUGUUAAUUUAAGAGCUAGUAAUAUUAAUUGUGUUAUAUUGCUUGAAUUUAUAGAACAAACCUGUGAUGAAAUUGAAUGGCCAUUAAUCAGAAUGAGAUUAGUCAUUAGUAAAAAAGAUUUUGAUAUGGUUCCAGAGUUUGGACAUGAUAUAUUAUCUGCUCUGGGAAGUUGUGAUACUGGCGAUAUUGAUUUAAAGUUAGAUGAAUCACAAACACCAAUUUUUGCUAUUGUUAAUUUAAGAGCUAGUAAUAUUAAUUGUGUUAUAUUGCUUGAAUUUAUAGAACAAACCUGUGAUGAAAUUGAAUGGCCAUUAAUCAGAAUGAGAUUAGUCAUUAGUAAAAAAGGAUAUAAUGAUGAAGAAGAACUAAUUGAUCUCGGAGAAUUUGAAAAUUCAAUUUGUAAAAAAUUGGUCAUCCUGAUUAAUACUUUGAUAUAUCUAGAACAAGUUUACUUCAACCAACCUCGUCUGAAAUAUUGA